GUUUAUUAGAAAAAUGAUAAUUAUAUUGGCAAAAACAUCCUUGUAUCUUUACUACAGCAACAUCUGUCUAAAUAGAUCCCUUGCCUUGCCGGAACUAACCUGGAAAAAAAGAUGUUUCAAUUUUCUCAUUUCGUAAAAAAAAGAAUCUUCUAAGAAAGUGACGAAACGAAGAGAGAGAAACAAUCAAAUGGAUGUAACAACAACCGACGAGGUAAUUGUUGAUCGGAACGAAGCGGUGGAGACGCCUCCAGAGGAUGAUUGUUGCCCGAUCUGUUUCAGCUCCUUCACGGUCCCCUGUCGAGGCAACUGUGGCCAUUGGUAUUGCGGAAGCUGCAUAUUGCAGUAUUGGAACUAUGCUGCAGUCUCUAAGCCUUGCAAGUGUCCUAUGUGUGUUCGACACAUCACCACGCUGUCACCGGAAGCAUCCUUGCAACAGCGGCAAGAGCAAGAGGUGAAGGAGGUUCUUGCUAAGAUCCGUAGGUAUAACCGUCUCUUUGUUGGAGGUUUAACUGGCUUUCUUCAGAAGCUGCAGGAGCUGCCUUUGCUGAUAAAGAGAUUGGUGUGGCACAUGAUGGAUCCAGAUACAAACACUUUGUAUUUUCAUGAAGUUCGCAUCUUUGCAAUGUUGAUGAGUACCCUUUACACUGCGGCAGAGUUUAGCUUCAUCCCAACGGGAGGGUUCAGAAUAGUGACGGUGUUCGACUACACUGCUAUUGCAAUGAUCUUGAUUCUGCGCGUGGUGGGGUUAUAUCGGAGGAGACGUCUUGCUCAGCGUGUUAGGCAUAUUGCAGCUGCAGAAAUUGAACCAGAAUAAAGUUCAAAAUGAAUUGUAUUAUAUCAUGUGAAGGAGCAAGCGUUUGUUUGUUGUAGGUUUGGUUUGGUAGAUCAUAGAAAAGCCAAGAGCCUUUAGACCACUGUAAAGAAAAUGAAAUGCAAUCUUUUAUAAAUAAAUAUAAUUACACGGACAUAA